AUGUCCAUCACCAAUGACUAUGUCUGUCCACCUCCCUCUUCUGCAACAGCGCCUCCAGCUCCAGCGCCAUCUGCAACACCCGCUCCAGUAUCUUCUGCAACACCAACGCCAUCUUCUGCUCUUGACACCCCCACUCAACCGCAGUUGUCUUUUGGAUCGCCAGUUCCUGACACAUCAAGACAUCGAUCGGUAAUUUACAAGAAUCCUACUCUUCGUGAGAAGAUUAAGAUGCUUUUUUGUUGUGAGGGAGUGACAUAUGACUGUGAAAGUCCAGACUCAUCCUUCCCUUGGAACCUCCUAGUGUUUAUCGUUGUUUGA